UAAGGAACAUAUUUUUCUCGAGGUCAUUUUAAGUCUUCGAGUUAUGUGUUUCAACAAACUUUUCAUAUUUCAAAACUAUCAAUUUUAUUUUCACAUUCUUUUCGACAACUUUGUGACAGCGCAUUAAAGUAUAACAGUACAGUGCAUUACAGUACAGUAAAAAGUGUGCGUGUGUUGAAUAAUUGUUUUCGGCGCGGCGGUACUAAACGGUGAGACCUAAUAAAAUGAGUCUUGAAGUUCUCAAAACAAACGCAUUACGUGGCAAUAACCAAAUUCUUGUCGCGAGUAACGGAUACAUUUUCAGACUAUCACGAAAAUGCCAAAACUACUAUCGAUGGAAGUGUUGUCGUUAUAAAUGCAAGGGGUUCAUUAAAACAACAAAAAACUGGUCGAACAUCAAAUUGAUUAGCGCCAGUUUUCAUACACACUGUGAAGACGAUACAGAAAGCAUAAACAAUUUAAAAACCAUGAUAACUAAUCACUGUCAAAUGAAUAUGGAUGUAAACGAGCAAGUAAAUGAAAUAUCUUCUGCAGAGUAUUACGAUUUUGAAAAUGUUUGUGACGAUGUUUGGUUGAGUAUCUUUAAAUAUCUCGAUUAUAAUGACAUUGCUAAUAUCAUGGUAGCUUUACCAAAUUUAAAAAGAUUAACACAAUAUGCAAUACUUUAUAAGAACGUAACUUUAAAUAGUUUUCAAAGACGCCAGGAAAAAAAUUAUCAAAUGUUUUUAAAAGAAUUCACCAUGUCCUUAACUAUUAGAGGGGAUAAUAGAUUACUUUAUACUAAUUCAAUAUCAUUAACAUUUUUGAGAGAAUUAAAAAUAAGAUGUCCUGAUUUAACUUGUUUAAAUUUGUAUCAUCAAAUUUUUGAUAGCGAACGAUUGUCUGAUAUAUUUAAUUUUAAUAAAUUAAAAUAUUUGAAAAUUGCAAGAUCAUCAUUAGCUCCAUACGUUAAAAUAAAAUAUAAAGAUUUUAAACUAUCAAACUUACAGUGUUCGGAAAUAGAGAUGAUCAAGAUAACAUACAAUGCGUGGUUUUUAGCAAAGCACUUAAAAUCAUUUUUUAGCUUGAAAAAAUUAAGAUGUCUGAUUCUUCACGAUUGCAUGAGCUUGGUAAAUAGUGACUGCUUACAUUAUAUGAAUUUUGGCAAAUCAUUUGAGAAUUUACAGACUCUGGACUUGAGACGCACCUGUAUGAAUGAUUUAGCGUUACGUUAUAUUUUUUCCAUAAAAAGCCUGACAUUAUUGCUAUUACAUAAAAGUUUUCUAGAAGAACAUCUAGAUAAUAUAACUGAUGUAGGUUUGUCAUAUUUGGUUACGGACUAUGUAAUAACGAAUCGGAUGCAAACAAAUAUUUACAUGGUUAAUAAUGAAAAUAGAUGCAAGUUAGAAGUUUUGUCACUGUGCUAUUAUUCGUAUAUAUCGGAUAAUUUUUUGAAUACUACAGCUGUAUUUUACCCAUCUCUCGAAGUCUUGGAUUUAACAGGUACUAGUUGUACACGGUUAGGAAUCCAAUCAUUUAAAGAAAAUAGACCAGAUGUUCAAUAUUCUUCCGACUGUGCGACUAAAUUAAAAAAAUAUAUGAGUAUUGGAGAUAAAGUAUUGGAGAUAUUGGAUAAAAAUAAAUCAAGAAAAACAGACACACGAGAAAAAGGGCGUCCAGGAUGUAUGCUUGGUAUAGAUAUGAAAUUGACGGGUGUUGAAAAUUGUAAAAUUUGUCGACAAGAAGAAGAAGAAAGACAAAAUAUACAACAGAAAGAAACAGAAAAUUUCACAGUUUUAGACGAAGUUCAGGAUUUUAGCAGUUCAAAUUCCGAGUGUGAAGAUAUAGAUACAGAUAUAGAUACAGAUAUAGAUAUAGAGGAAACCGUUGACGUACAUGAUAUUCCUAGGCCUUCAAAACCAACACGUGCAAAACAAAACAUUAUACCACCUCGUUUAGCAGCAGUUCUUGAUAAAUGCAAAAUCAGUGAUCGGGAUACUGUACAUUUAUUAACAGCAGUAGCAGAAUGUUUCCAGGUAGAUUGUUCUGAAUUUGUGAUAAAUAGGACAAUCGCAGGUUCCCGAGCACUCGAGGAAAUAACUGGUGAACCGGUAAAUUAUUGCGAUCGACCUGUUGUUUUGACAGGAGAUUUUAAUGUUAACUUUUCAUUGCCAGAGGCUCAACUAUUGCUCGAUUUCCUUGAAUAA